CGCCGCCCGCCCUGUCCACCUGCCGCCCCAGCCUCCUGAUUCCUUGGCUGCUUCUCCUCGGCUUUGUUGCUAGCUGGUGACAUCACCCGACUGCCCACCCCGCUGCUGCCUCUCAGCCGUGCAGCUUCUCUCUCUCUCUCUCUCUCCUUCCCCAGAUUCACAGGCAGAGCCGGCUCCAGAAGCAACAGCAUGCCCAGGCGGCUGGGGACUGCAAGGGCAAGGCGAGCCAUCUGAGGGGCCGGCGGGGACCCCCGUGCCCGUUCUCCCUCGGCCUGCCUGCCUCGCCCGGAGGGGUCGCCCCUGGGGUCCCCCCUCCCCGCCUGCCUGCCGGCCGCCCCCCUCGCUGCAGUGCUCUGGCGGGGCAGCCCUCCUCGGGGAGCUGCCUGCAUGACUCUCCGCAAAGGGGAGAAGACCACCAUCAGCAUCCAGGAGCACAUGGCCAUUGACGUCUGCCCUGGACCCAUCCGGCCCAUCAAGCAGAUCUCGGACUACUUCCCCCGCUUCCCCCGCGGCCUCCCCGCCACGGUCACCCGGAGCAACAGCCUGCGGUCCUCCGCCAGCCAGGCGGCCGUCAGCCCCUCGGAGAGCACCGCUGCUGCCCCCCGGGAGGACGACGAAGAUGUGGACCAACUUUUCGGGGCGUAUGGGACGGAGCCGGCCGAGCAGCCCCCCAAGCGGCACACCAAAGAGGAGGAGGAGGAGGCGGCGGACGCCGACGCCGAGGGCUACGAGUCCGACGACUGCACGGCCCUGGGGACGUUAGAUUUCAGCCUGCUGUACGACCAGGAGAACAACGCACUCCACUGCACCAUCAACAGAGCCAAGGGCCUCAAACCGAUGGACCACAACGGGCUGGCUGACCCCUACGUGAAGCUGCAUUUGCUCCCUGGUGCCAGUAAGGCAAAUAAGUUGAGGACCAAAACGUUGCGCAACACCUUGAACCCCACCUGGAACGAAACCCUCACCUACUACGGGAUCACCGACGAGGACAUGAUCCGCAAAACACUCAGGGUCUCUGUCUGUGACGAGGACAAAUUCCGCCACAACGAAUUCAUUGGCGAGACCCGGAUCCCGCUGAAGAAGCUGAAGCCCAACCAGACCAAGAAGUUCAACAUCUGCUUGGAGAAGCAGCUGCCGAUAGACAAGACAGAAGACAAGUCCCUGGAGGAGCGCGGCCGGAUCCUCAUCUCCCUCAAGUACAGCUCUCAGAAGCAAGGGCUGCUGGUGGGCAUCGUCCGUUGCGCGCACCUGGCCGCCAUGGAUGCCAACGGCUACUCGGACCCCUACGUGAAAACGUACUUGAAGCCAGAUGAAGACAAGAAAUCCAAGCACAAGACGGCUGUGAAGAAGAAGACCCUCAAUCCGGAGUUCAACGAGGAGUUCUGCUACGAGAUCAAGCAUGGUGACUUGGCCAAGAGGACGCUGGAGGUGACCGUCUGGGACUACGACAUUGGCAAGUCAAAUGACUUUAUCGGUGGUGUGGUGCUGGGGAUCAAUGCCAAAGGGGAGCGGCUGAAGCACUGGUUUGACUGCCUGAAGAACAAGGACAAGAAGAUUGAGCGCUGGCACACGCUGACCAACGAGCUGCCCGGAGCCCUCCUCAGUGACUGAGGGCCUGAGGAGACCCCGGGGGAGCAGAGCCCAGCGCCCGCCCAAGGGACAACUCUCUCGCCUCGGGGCCGACGGUUUCCUUUAUCCCGGCGGGGCAGGGGAUGCCCAGUCAGCUAGAAUGUGGGGUUUGCUUUCCAGCCCCCGAGCACCAUUCGCAGGGAACGUUUGGACCUCCAGGACCGGGGUGUUUUGGGUUGCCUGGGAGGCUUCGACGCCGCCCGCCCAGGUCGCCUUGGAACCGCGACUUCUUGGGCCUCCCGAAUUCUCUCCGUGCUGCCUUGCAAGAUCAGUGGCAACAUGGCGGCACAAUCUUCUCUGGCCUGGGGUUGGGUGUUUUCCUGUUUUGUAUCUGUCACUCUUGCAAAGCAUUUAUUGAAUCUCCGAACUAAAGGCGGGGGCCUGUGGGUUUGGGGCCAGGUCCUUUUCGGCAUUUGAUGUUCCCAGUGAUUACCUUCUCCGUGUGGGGAGAGGGUCCGGUUUGCUUUCCCGUCCACCCCCAAGUGUCGCGCUUGUGUCUCCCCACAUCCAAGGGCUCUGUAGCUCCCCGAGGCGACAGUGGCUUCUUGCUUCCUCCUCCUCCCCAUCCGCAGCGAAUCCAGGAGGGCCUCGAAUCGUGCUCUGAGGCCCCCUGGCGGUGCUUGAAAGGCCUGCCUGUGCCCGGAGUCCGGAGCUUCCCCACGGGGCCUCCUGUCGCUCUGUAACAGCCAAGGGGGCCUCACUUUUCCCUCUCUGUGCAGCUAACACUCUUCCGGAGCGGCGAGCCUUCCGUUUUUGUGCUCUGAAUGGCGCCCUCCCUUUGUCCCUUCCUCUCUCGCUCUGCUGGCAGCUGGCCACCGUCUUUGUCAAGUGGGAGUCCAGAGGAGACCUUCCUGUCACUCGGAUUCGGGGAGUGUUGACAGCAGAGCUGGGGUGACGAGCCGCUGUGGUCAAAGGCGACCUCGCCGCCUUCCUUGCCUGCCGCACAGGAUGCUGGAAACAAAACGGUUCGGCGUCCUCGGAAAUCAUUCUGCCGAUGGCACGAUUCCGACUCCCUAGAGAAGGGGCUCUUUCUGGCUGUGUGUUGGAAAGUUUGGUCCUUUCCAAAACUCUUGGCCUGGAUCUUCCGCGUCGUGUUCCGAGUCGGUGCAGAAUAUCAGGCUCCGGUUCGCCAGUCGGUUGUCUCUCGUUUGCUUCCAGUUUGCUUCCCGUUAUACCAGUUCGCAAAUGUUCCAGGAGACAGCAGCAGGAGGAGGAGGAGGGAGGUAUCUGGAUGUUGACCCACAGAAACAGGCGCUUGUCUAGCUUGUCUAGACAUUUGUGUCCGUGUACGCUUCAAUGCACACUACCCCAAAGAGAGCGCAUUCUCUCUGGGCAGCUUCUUUCUGUCGUGCUCUGGCACUUUCAAUGGCGCCAUGUUUGGAGUUGCCGUUCCGAUUCUGAUUCCGAAGCGGGCUUUCACCUCUGAGGCUCAGACCCAUCUUUGUGCCUCUCUUGCAAUUAUUCCACGAGGGGCAUUUGUUAUGCAAAUGGGCUCUCUGGCUAGUGAGAAAACACCCCAAGCUUCUCAGGGCCGCUUCGCAUUUCUUCCAUCCUAGGGCUUGGAGCAAAAUCAGUCCUUGUAACACAUCUCGGUGGGCAUUUGGUUCCCCCCCCCGCACAAAGUUGAUCCCAUGUUUGGAGGGUCCCCUUGAGCGGCCAAAAUACACACACACACACACACACGCACACACACCCGCCAAGAUAAGUUGUUUUCCAUCUUACUGUCUGUCAAAGCUCAUCUUCUGCCACGACUGGUGUGGAUUCUUUUGUUUUGUAUCAAAGCAGGUCCCCCCCUGUCCAAGCCUGGAUCGUCUGUAUAUAUUAUAUAAUAUAUAAAUAUAUACAUAUAAACGAUUGCAUGCCAGUGGGUGGUUGUCAUGCAAAAAACUUGUUAAAUGUUUGAUACUGAUGUUUUGCUACUAUGUGAUAGCUGCAGAAAACCUCUCCUGACCUGCAUCCCCACAGAGAAAUUUUGUAUAUCAGUAUUAUUAUGUGUACUUUUUGUCAGAUUUGUUUAAUCUUUAUAUACAGAACCUCAAAUUAAAAAAGAGAGAGAGACAGAGA